UCUUCGACCAGAUGUUAUGAUUGGUUAGCUGUUGAAUUUGAUGCGGGUUUCAUUCAAACCAAAUACACCCAAGUGAGAAAAUUUACGUUUUGAAACAGACUAAUAAUAAGUUUCUUCUUUCUUCUUGUUCUUGGGACGGGUGGGGUUCUCCCUCUAUUCAGUCCUCUACGCGACUCUACGCCAGUUCUUUUUUCACUGUGCCUCAUCGAUUUUUUUCCUCCCGCAAAGCUGUACCUUCUGAAAUUCGCGUUUUCUUCUUCUUCGAGCAGCUCUAAAUUCGUUGAACUGUGUGCAAUUUUCGAUCUGGGAGCUGUAGGUAAAGGCAACUGUUACUCUGACUCCUUAAUACUAGAGGAUGCAAUGGUCAUGUGUUCUCUAUCAGCUCAUAAAUGAUACAUGUUUCAAUCAAAGGCUAUUCCUAGCUCAAUGGGCCCCAGCAAUGUAGGGAGUAAUGUCAACAAUAACAAUAACAACAGCCCAAAUUUGGCCUCUAGGCAACGUCUACGUUGGACACAUGAUCUCCAUGAACGCUUCGUUGAUGCUGUAGCCCAACUUGGUGGCCCAGAUAGGGCUACUCCGAAAGGUGUUCUCAGAGUCAUGGGUGUUCAAGGCUUAACUAUAUAUCAUGUCAAGAGCCAUCUUCAGAAGUAUCGGCUUGCAAAAUACCUUCCAGAGUCUACAGCUGAUGGUAAAAAGUCUGACAAGAAGGAACCAAGCGAACUGUUUUCCAGCUCGGAUGGUUCUUCUGGUAUGCAAAUAACAGAUGCACUGAAGUUGCAGAUGGAAGUGCAAAAGCGGCUGCAGGAGCAACUGGAGGUACAGAGGCAGCUACAAUUACGGAUAGAAGCCCAAGGAAAGUACCUGAAGAAGAUAAUUGAAGAGCAACAACGACUUAGUGGUUUUCUUGGGGAAGCCCCUAGUUCAAUAAUCCCUGUCCCUGGCUCAGGUGAUAACUGCCCAGAUUCUAAGAGUGACCCAUCAACUCCUGCUCCAACCUCUGAGGGCCCCAUCCAAGACAAGUCUGCCAAGGAAUGCCCACCAGACAAGAGUCUCUCCUGCAAUGAGUCCUCUUCACGCCAUGAACCAUUGACACCAGAUUCUGGUCAUGUAAGUUCCCCAGUAGAGAGCCCAAAAGGUGAUAGAUCAUUAAAGCAAAAGCGGAUGAGCAUUGACACAUUAUGUUCAAAAAAAAUAGAAGUAGUCCUCACUCAUCAGAUAUUGGAGUCAAGCAUGGGCUCCAGAUUCCAGCAGCCAUGCUCGGUUUUUCCAAUCAGAGAGUUUGAACCUUCAUCUGGGACACUCCACAGCAAAGGGGAUCGGCUUGAGAAUGUUUCGUGAAAUGCCAAGCGAUACAAUAAUAUGCAUGGUGUUUCAAGUGCAGGGCUCUCUUUCCUCUUUUUUCUUUUUGUCGCUUUACCCAAUAUUUAUUUACUUCCCGUUUAUUAGGUCAAAUAACUAGGUUUCGACUUUGGAUGUCAGGAGAUUAGUUCAAGUAGAAUUUAUUUUUAACCUCAUUUACCUUUCAGGAAUUUCUUAUAUACUUAAGCUCUCUAUCACAAUUCAGACGGAACACUAUGUAGCCAUGGUUUGUGUAUGUACUGUAAAACAUAGCUUGAAAUAAGAAAUUGUCCAUUUGCUUGCAAUUGCUUUGCAAAUAAUGUA